AUGGAGGUGGAAGUGAAGCUCCGCCUCUCAGACACCUCCGCACACCAAAAGCUCACCGACCUCCUCUCCCCCUUCCACGUCCAAACCUUAAUCCAAGAGAACAUCUUCUUCGACGGUUCCAACGCCGAACUCUCCUCCAACCGCGCCAUACUCCGCCUCCGCUUCUACGACGGCGUUUCGCCUUGCGUCCUCUCCCUCAAGGCCAAACCCGUCAUCUCCGACGGCGUCAGCCGCGUCCAAGAGCUCGAAGAGCCUUUCGACCCGGUCCUCGGCCGCGCCUGCGUGGCGGAGCCUUGGCGGCUCUCUGUUGUCGACUCCUCCGCGCUCUUAACGCGCGUGAGGGAGGAAUACGGGGUCCGAGAGGAAGGGCUAGGGUUUGUGUGCUUGGGUGGGUUUAGGAAUGUGAGGGGUGUGUAUGAGUGGAAGGGGUUGAAGAUAGAGGUGGACGAGAGUAACUAUGAUUUCGGGACGUGUUAUGAGGUGGAGUGUGAGAGCUCGAACCCUGAGAGGGAUAAGAAGAUUUUGGAGAAGUUGUUGGAGGAGAAUGGGAUUAGGUUUCAGUAUUCAGAGGUUUCGAAGUUUGCGAUAUUCCAGUCUGGGAAGUUGCCGGAGUGA